AUGGUGCCGGAAAAAACAACGGCACUCAACUGUGUCGUUGGCCUGACGCCCGCCACAUCUGGUGAACUGGUCAUCAACGGCUACAAUGUGCAGACUGAACUGGAACUUGCGCGGCAGCAACUGUCAGUUUGUCCCCAGGAUAACCCGAUGUUUGAGGAGUUCACCGUGAAGAUGCACUUGUUGUUUUUUCAGUUGCUUGGUUCAUUGAUGAAUACAGUCGUUCCUGGAUGUUUCUGGUACCUUUUGUGUCCUUUUUGUAUGCAGGCCAUGGCAGAUCAUCCAUGUGGCAAGCUAUCUGGCGGUCAGAAGCGCAGGCUGUGGGUUGCGACGGCACUGAUAGGCGACUCUCCAGUCGCAUUCCUGGAUGAGCCAACAAGUGGCAUGGAUCCUUCAUCCCGACGAGAACUGUGGACAUUACUUCUGCAAAUCCGCGAUGGUGGCCGUUGCAUCAUAUUCACGACACACUACUUGGAAGAAGCUGACAUCCUUGCGAACCGGAAGGCAGUUCUAGCUCGUGGACGUGUACAAGCUGUUGGAACUUCCAGAGAACUGAAGCAGAGGUUUGGUAUCGGCUACCGGCUUUGCUUGGAUAUUCGUCCAGGCGCUUCACGAAAGGAGCUGGAGUCCUUCAUUCAGGACCACAAGUGCAGACAAUUGGACUUUGUCAAGUCUGCUGCACUUGAAAGUGAGGAGGAGACUUUGUCAAGAAUGCUCACCCUUGAAGUCCUUGAAGCCAGCAUCACCAUGAAUUUUGACGAUGUGGGGUGCUUCAGCAGCUUGUUGCUUGCUCUAGAUGAAGCUCAAGAUCGACUCGGGGUCAUGGACUAUUCCUUGGGCAUGUCGUCACUUGAGGAUGUUUUCAUGGCUCUUGGCUCACCAGAAAACAAAGAUGAGAAUCAAACGAAGUCUGGUGAAGGUGCUGAACAAAUUGAAACUCUUCCAGCAGAUCAGAGCUUGACAAGAGCUCGAGAGGUCUCUGGGUGGCGUAGCGCAAAGGCCGUGUUUGCUUUGCGCCUGAAGCCAUUUCAGUCCAGCAGGCAGCGGUUGCUGACGAUUCUGCUGGUUCCACUUCUGAUGCAACUUGGUGGGACUUACCUGGCGGGACUGGGUGCCCAAGAGGACAAUUCUGGUGCAAAUGGCUAUGCCGUUUGCAUCUACCCGACUAUGGCCUUUGGGAUUGCCUUGCUGUCAUCGAGCCAGGACAUCAUGACCGAUAUCAAGAACAAGUGCAAGUAUGUGUCCAUGUCGCAAGGGCUCACAGCAAGAGCAUAUUGGCAGGGGAACUUCAUGGCUCACCUCGUGCUUCUCCUUCCUACAGCUGUGGAAUUUGUGAUUGUUUUCUUGAUUUUCCGUCCUCCAUCGAUCCCGACUGAAGCCAUCCCACUUGUCGUCCUAACGAUUCUAUUGUACCCUGUCCCUUUGAUAUGCUGCGUGUACAACUUUGCAGCAGCAUUGGCUGGUUCAGAGUCCAUCUCCAAAGUCGUUCCAACGCUUCUCAUGACCACGCAGUUGCUGCCAGGGCUUCUUAUGUGGGUUCUGACGGCUCCAUUUAUUCAAAGCAGCACGAUACGAGACGCGGCGGUUGCCACUCACAUUGUCCUUGCUGUGGUCAACCCCAACUAUGCACUGCCUGGUAUGAUGGCAUACCUUGUGAAUAUUGACGGUCCCAAGCGGCUCCCAGUUGGGGAGUACUUCCUAUCUCUCUCAGCAAUUCCACUCUACACAAUUGUGCUAACAUCUGGCGUGUGCAUCUUAAAUCUAGUCCGGCUUGAUGCUCGGCUUGGAAGGGACGGACUCGAGAAGUCUUCUUGGCUAGCUUGA